AUGGCUUCAUUUCAUAUUCGAUCAAUCAGUUUGCCCUCUACAUCUCAUCCUCUGACUGUAAGUCUAGAGGAGCAACUUUACAAGCUUAACACAUCACAAUCAUCCUUAUCUAUAGGCCAAAAACUAUCUGGCCUAAAAGAGUUGUAUGACUGUGUUGAUGAUUUUCUUCAACUAUCACUCACCCAACAAUCUCUUUCCCAUGAGAACUCUGUAGAAGAGGCAUUGAAUGGAUCCUUGAGUUUGUUGGAUAUGUGCAGCAACACCAGAGAUUUUUUCUCACAGAUGAGGGAGUGUCUUCAAGGACUUGAAUUAUCUCUCCGAAGAAGUAGAAACGGAGUUGAGGCAUACAUGACAUCAAGAAAAACACUGAAUAAAUUGAUCUGCAAAUAUCUCAGAAAUUUCAAGAAACAAGACAAGAACAGCAAAAGUAACUCAGAGAUUGUAGUGUUGCUAAAAGGUGUAGAGGAAAUUAGUGUUUCGAUGUUUGAAUCCAUUUUAUCCUUCAUUUCUCAGCCAAAGUCAAAAUCAAAGCUCUCUAUUUUCUCAAAACUUUUGCAACCGAAGAACGCAUCAUGCCAAGGGGAACUCGUAGCCAAUGAGGUGGAAAAAAUUGAUGCUGAGCUGCUCAUCUUCAAGUCUAGCAGUGACAGCAAUCAGAGUAAAACAAUUCUGAAAGAAUUGGAGGCAUUGUAG